AUGGAAGAGGGCAAGGCUGAAGACGUCCGGGAUGUUCUACGGCCGAACGUGCGGGGCUGUUUGUGCCGCUUCAAGGAUUCCAUGCUCGCUGCCGUGUUCAGCGGGCGCCUUCCUCUGAACGUGGACGGGACGGGAGCAUGUCUAAUUGAUCGAGAUGGGAACCUGUUUAAGUAUCUUUUGGAUUAUCUUCAUGGAGAAGUGCAGAUCCCUGGAGAUGAACGAGUUCGAACUGCACUGCAGGAGGAAGCAGAUUAUUUUGGAAUCCCUUAUCCAUACAGUCUCUCUGAUCAUUUGGCCAAUGAAAUGGAGACAUACUCUUCAAGGUCCAACAUAGAGCUUAAAAAGGCUUUGUUGGAUUUCUGUGAUUCUUACCAUUUGGUUUGUACCAAGCCUACAGUUUGGGUCUUGCACUAUCUCAACACUUCUGGAGCAAGCUGUGAAAGUAAAAUUAUUGGUGUGUAUGCCACAAGAGCUGAUGGGCCUGAUGCAAUUAAUAAGGCACUAGGAAUGAAAAUUCAUAGUAAAAGCAUGUACAAAAGAGAAGCUGGAAAUAACAUCCAAUACAUCUGGAGCUAUUACUCAGUAGCUGAGCUGAAAAAGAUGAUGGAUGCUUUCGAUGCCUGGGAAGGGACAGGUGUCAGCUGCUGGAGAGUGCCUCAGGAGCUGAUUGAACGUUGGACUCUGGAAGAACGCCCCCUGAGAGGCAGUUUGCAUCGUAUGCCUCCAGUUUAUAAAAGACCAUUAAUUGACUAUACUGAAGUGGAAGGCUGUUUACCAUGUAAAGUGGGUCCCCAGCCAAUUAGAUUCUCAGGUCCCUCAACAAGUACCCACAUAGAAGUCAAGAAUUCAUCUUCAUUAAAGGUAGCUGCCUGCAACGCUUCACAUUCUGCAGCGAUUCUUAAACCCCGUAGUGAAAGGCUGAUGCUGCACAAAGCAGCUUCUGAAACCACAUCUGCACCGUGCACAUCAGUGCCCGGCGAGCCCCAGGCUCCCCGUGCAAGGCAGAGCACUGGCGAAGGGACACUGAGCCAGGUGCCAGCCCAGGCUGCAGGGAGUAAGAACCCUGUGAACAAACGCGCUGUGAAGCUGAGGAGGACUCCGCUUUUUCUUGGGACACCAUCUCAGCCACCUUCUUCUGCGUCCAGUGAAACGAGGGAACAGGACAGUGCUGCUGUUGAGAUCCCUGCUACUUCUACAGUACUAAACAAGAAAGAAGCAGUUGUAUUAGCAGAAAGUAUUACGCUUAAGAAUGAUAAAGUGGAUGGAUAAUGUUUGACUCAGUCUGAGAGAUUAGACAGCUCUGGAUUAUAUGGCUGAAGAACAGAUCAUUAUCUCAUGUGAUCCUUUAUUCAAAGAUUAGGUAGAAAAUUGUGAUGAAAAAGAUAGUGAAAAGCAGAGGAAGAAAUUGUUUCAAGUGAGCACUGAAGUGUGUUUUCUGCUUUAUUUCUAGGUAUUUUUUAGAGGUUAGGAAGGGAGGAAGAAAAAUGAAUUUAAAAAAAUCGCUCAAGCACAUGUAGUUUAACAUUCCAGUCAACUUUGAC